GUCACAUGAUUGUCAUUAUAAAUAAUUUGUAAAAUCGACUGUUUUAUAGUCAGGGAGAAAUAUAGCAAAGUUUAAGAUGAACAGAAUACUGCUGGGAUUUGUCUUCUUGCUCGCGGUCCAUGGCGUCAACGCUCAGUUCGAAGCUCUUAUUCCAUUAAUUGGCACUUUGGCUGGUGGUCUUUUAAUGGGAUUUGGAGUGAACGAAAUGAACAACAACAGGAAUGCCAUAAACGGUCCCAUCAUGAUGAUGCCGAUGAACGGCGGGGGAUCACCGAGCAUGAUGAUGCCCAUGAGACCAGUAGGACGACCCCAGACGGUGGCCAUGAUAACGCCGCUCGGAUCACCUCAAAUGACAAGUUCGAAUGGAAUGAAUAUGGGGUGGCCAAUGUAUGGAAUGGGAAAUGGGAAUAGCAUGAUGAUGCCAAUGAAUGGAAACAAUGGUAUGUCAUCAAAUGGGAGGAGCAGGAUGUCAAGUGGCAAUGGAAUGAUGAUGAUUAUGACUGGAGAGGGAAUGAUGAGAGGAAAUGUGGGUGGAAAUGAUGCUGUGAUGGUUAGUGAAAGUGCUAUGAGGAAUGGAAAUGGCAUGAUGAUGAAUAGAGGAAAUGGUAGAAUGAUGAACGGUGGAAACGGUGGUAUGAUGAAUGGAGGAAAUGGCGGAGUGAUGAAUGGAAACGGAAUGAUGAUGAGUGGAAAUGGAAUGAUGAUGAACAGAGGAAACGGUGGAAUGAUGAGCAGAAAUCGCGACAUGAUGAAUAGUGGAAUGAUGAAUGAAAACAGGAGAGUAAUGAAUUCAGGAAUGAUGAGGGAAAGUGGCAUGAUGAGUGGAAACAGGAGAAUGAUGAUGAGCAGCGAUGGUAGGAUGAUGUUGAUUGGAAAUGGACGCAUGAUGAUGCAGGAGGGGGAAUCUGACCGAGAUAACGGAGACAGAGAUUCGUCAAGGAGCGGGGUCUUGAUGCCCGUCAGCCGGGUACCUCGCAAUCGAUUACCAGCAUAUUUAAUGAGACGAAGAAGGAUAGUUUGAGCACUUUUUAACAAAAUUCGUCUGCUGAUAUCCAUAAAUCGCACACUCGAGCUUGUGCUGUUCCACCUUCAAUUGCGGGUGCCAGUCAGGGGUCUUGUUUAUAAUUGUGUUACCCAUGAAUAUUUCAGAAGACUUACCUU